UGGUCGUUCCGUAAGAUAGCUAGAAAGCUGCUUCUCACACCGUUAAAUCGGUGUCCCUUACCGUGAUUUAAACUUGCGGUGAAGAGUUAGUAAUAGUUUGAUGUCGACGCUUUUAACCACUUGUCACUGAAGUCUUUAUUUUCUUAAAACUGUGCAAAUGAACAUUUUACGAAAGAUAAAUAAUAUGCUGUAAGUGAUAAAUUAUCAAAUACUUCUUUACUAAAUUUAAUGUCGCAUAUAAUAUCAUGGCGAUAUUAUAUUUUUUGUUUCAACUAAAAAUAUGUCAUGCAAACAUUUAUAUUGAUAUCAUUAAGAACAUUGUAAUAAUGACAUGUAAAGGAAGGUCGACAAACCUCUUAUAUUUUGUUAUAUAUUCCACGUUAAAGAUUUAUAAACAAAUGGACAUUUUCUUUUCGUAUACCAAGCACAAUAUUUUUAUAGGAUCCUCGACUCAAGGAUGUACAAAAUGUGAAUGUUGUAAAAAUGAACAACAGAUUUGUGAUUUGAGUAAGAAUUGCACAUACGAUUGUAUAGCUGGUCAUUAUGGUGAAAAUUGCACAGAAGAGUGUCUUGACAAUUGCACAACUUGUGUAAAUGGUACGGAAUGUACCGAAUGUAAACCUGGUUAUUAUUCUGCCAAAUGUAAUAAACCAUGUUGGAAAGGAUGCAAAAACAAUACGUGUUCAAUAUCAUCAGGAGAAUGUUCUUGUAAAUCGGCAAAUUUUAUCAAUGGAACCUGUCAGAAUUGCUCGGGUAAUAAGUAUGGUGAUGAAUGUAAUAAAACAUGCCCUGGUAACUGUAGCACAUGUAUAUCAGAUGCAGAAUGUACAUUGUGUCUAAACUCCAUGUUUUAUGGAUCACAUUGUCAGAAUAGUUGUUCAAUCGGCUGCAAAGAGGGAAUGUGUGAUAAAGAUGAUGGGCACUGUAUUGAUGUAUGCAAAUCUGGAUUUUCUGGAGAUAAAUGUGAUUCAUGCGUUCCUGGAUUAUUCGGUAACAAUUGCAAAUUGAAUUGUGGAAAAGGAUGUGCCAACAACACAUGUUUGAUAUCAUCAGGAAAAUGUCCAUGUAAAUCGACUAAUUUUACCGUAGCAAAAUGUGAUGCUUGUUCAGAUGACAAGUAUGGGGAUGAAUGUAACAAAACGUGCCCUAUUAACUGUGGCACAUGUAUAUCAGAUACAGCAUGUUCAUGGUGUAAAAACAGGUUUUAUCACGGAUCAUAUUGUCAGUAUAGAUGUUCACCUGGCUGUGACAGUGGAAGAUGUAAUCAGGAUGGGAAUUGUAUUGGAGAAUGCAAACCUAGUUUUUCUGGAGAUAAAUGUGAUAAAUGCUCACCUGGGUUAUACGGUGGCUAUUGUGAUUUAAAUUGUACAGAGAACUGUUCAAAAUGUGUAUCUGAGAACAAUUGUACUGAAUGUAAACCAGGUUUUUAUGGCGAAACAUGUACAGCUAUCAAAGGUGCUGCAUCGGAAGAAAAGAAAUCACUUGUUGUUAUUGCAUCAUCUGCCGGUGCUGGUGUUGCUGUUAUAGUAUUGCUGGUGAUCCUAGUAAUUUGUCUUAUAAAACGAAAUCGAAGGCAAAAACUAUCCGCUCAUACAAAAUGUCAGGAAAACGAUUAUGCACUUGAUAUGAAAGAGAUUCCGAAACAAAUUGACGAUGACAAACCAGGUGUUAUAUACGCCAAGUCUUUCAAACCAAAACAGGAAGCUGGUGGUGAUGCCGGGAAAGACUAUAAAACUGAAUAUGACGAUGAUCACAAUAUACCUGCUAUUGACAAUGGCUAUACUGCGGUAAACACAGGAACAUCUGCCAAUGAGCAAAACAAGACUUUUGAGGUUUGUGAUAUUGCAUACGAUAACAAAAGUUACAAACCGUUAGGUGGCAACGAUGAUUAUGCUGUGGUAAACAAAGGUAAGUCGACUGUGAAAGAAAACGAAUGUAUUGAGGAAAUGUACGAUACAACGCAUGACAACAAAAAGAACAAACAUCAUUUCAAUAGUAAUAAUGACUAUGCCGUACUCAGUGUAAGAUCUGACAACACUGAAUCAAACCUGGCACAACCAGAUGAUGUUUACGACUCUGCAGAAGGAGGGAAACACAAAACCAUGUCUCAUCCAAGCAACGAUUAUGCUGUAUUUAAUUCCAACAAUGGGGAUAAACAUGGAAAUGACAAAGCUAAUACAUUAUAUGACACUGCAACCGAUAAGAAAAUGCAACCAGGAAACAAUGACUAUGAUUUUUGUGAACUAGAUACUGACUAAUCAUUGACAAAAACAUUAUUUAUUUGAUAAAUUAUCAUUACUUCUUUACGUGUAUUAAUCACAAUGAAGUCUACAUUUUUAGCUUAACUACGUUGAAUUCGAAUUUCGAAUGGUAUUGAUUUUGUUUUUUGAUAAGUACUUGUUAGGCUUAUUUCAUACGUUCAAUAUUGCUUUAAAUUUUAAAUAUUUUGUAUGAGUUAUUUUCUGUGAUUUUACCUAUAAACUAUUCUGAUGUAUUGUAUGUUAGAAAUGAUUUAUUCAGGAAUAAAACAUUGGUUGCUAAAAUCAUUAUAGAUAUAGAUAUGCCAAUAACGUUUAUCUUAAGUGAAGCUUUUAGGGAGCAUGCUUUAGUUGAGCAAUUUAAGUAUUUUCUUGCAAUGUUCUACAGCCUGUGCAUGUUUAUUUUUUUUCAAAAAUAAAUCGAUAAUACACAAUGUUAUAAACAGAUGAUUUUAUAGAAAACAAUGUUUCACAAUUUUAGUUUAAACAUUAUUAAACAUCAUGAAAGUGUGCUUAUUUUAACUAAGCUUUAUAGAAAUAUCAUUAUUAUUUUCUCUACUUGAAUUAUUGGCAAAUGCAUGAUUUACAUUUAUUGAUAAUCUUUAAAAUGCAUAGUUAUACAUUAAAUUGUAUUUUAUGAGCUGUAUAAAGAUUAUACUCUAAUUUUGGAAGGAAAACUAUUUCUUUAUAAAUAGCAUUACUAACCGGUAUGUAUAAUAUGAUUCAAUUUGAGUAAAUGUAAUUGUUCUUUUAACGUAUUAUCGUGAUGAAUAUAAUUUAAUUAGAAGAUGUGGAUUAUAUCAUUGUAGAUCUAACAUGUAUGAAAACAAAUUUGUUAUGUUAACGUACUUUGAUGUCUUUGAAAGAUAACGUAAUUAUCUAAUGGUACAUGUACAUCUAUUUUGCCCAUAAAAAAGUUUUAGUUGCACAAUUAAUUAUAAUGAAAGUCCGUAAAAUAGAAGCACACUAUUGAAUUAUUGUCUUGCUUUUGUAUAAUAUGUCUGCAUGUGCCAAUAUGUUACCAGUGCAUGUAUAUUGAAUUAUAAUAUUAGAUUGUCUCAGAUAAUGAGCAUGCUAUCCUACAUGCAUC